GAGAAAAAAAAAAACAGAAAUGAGAAGAGAGGUGAAGAGAGAGAGAGGAGAGAGAGUCGGGUUGAAUUGGUUUUAAUUUGUUGUUGUUUUUUUUUCUUUCUUUUGUAGGUGAGUUGGGGAGUCCCGACGGAGCGAUAGGGAUUAGAAUUACGGCGGUGAAGUCAAAGCUUAGGGAGAGGAGGUGAAAUCUUUGUAAGGGAAGAGGGUGGAGUGGUUUGGAGUCGGAUGGUAUUCACCAUCGGGGUGGGAAUUAUCGAUGGGCGGCGGCGGGGCGGUGGGGUGGUGGUAGAAGAGAUAGAGGAGGAGACAAGGGGGGAUGACUCGGGGCAAAGGUAAGAACGGUCUGCUGCCGAGCUCGCUGCGGAUCAUCUCCUCGUGCCUCAAGACAGUGUCGUCGAACGCGGGGUCGGUCGCGAGCAGCGUGCGAUCCGCCGGGGCAUCUGUUGCCGCGUCGAUCGCGUCGCCGGCAGAGGAUGAGAAGGACCAGGUAUUAUGGGCUGGCUUUGAUAAGCUGGAGCUUGGUCUAUCUUCCUUUAAGCGUGUUCUACUUCUUGGUUAUUCAAAUGGAUUUCAAGUGCUUGAUGUUGACGAUGCCUCUAGUGUCUGCGAACUGGUUUCUAAGCGUGAUGGCCCAGUUACUUUUUUACAGAUGCAGCCCACACCAGUCAGUUCUGGAGUUACCGAAGGGUUCAGGGCAUCACAUCCUAUGCUCUUGGUUGUUGCUGGUGAUGAGACCAAUGGCUCAGGUGUAGUUCAAGGUGGCCGUUUGAGUGCUUUGAUAAGAGAGAAUAGUAGUGAACCUCAGGCAGGAAGCUGUAUCUCUACUCCUACUGUUGUUCGGUUCUACUCACUCAAGUCUCACAGUUAUAUUCAUGUUCUGAGAUUCCGCUCUGCGGUAUAUAUUGUUCGAUGCAGCCCACGAAUAGUUGCUGUCGCACUUGCAGCACAAAUAUACUGCUUUGAUGCUGUUACACUUGAGAGCAAGUUCAGUGUUCUAACUUAUCCGUUACAAGGAGUAGCUGGUGUUAAUAUUGGUUGUGGUCCGAUGGCUGUUGGUCCUAGGUGGUUAGCUUAUGCUUCUAAUAAUCCUCUCAUAUCAAAUACAGGCCACCUUAGUCCACAAAACCUUACUCCAUCUCCAGGUGUAAGCCCAUCAACAUCUCCUAGCAGUGGAAACCUGGUUGCUCGUUAUGCUAUGGAAUCUAGUAAAACAUUGGCUGUUGGAAUUAUCAAUCUAGGAGAUAUGGGUUACAAAACUCUCUCAAAGUAUUGCCAAGAACUACUUCCUGAUGGUUCUAAUUCUCCUUUGUCAUCAAGUGCAGGCCGGAGAUCUGGAAGGUUGCAGAAUAUGGGACACCUAAAUGAACCUGAUAACAUAGGAAUGGUUGUCAUUAAGGACUUUGUUUCAAAAGAAGUCAUUUCACAAUUUAGGGCUCAUAGCAGUCCAAUAUCUGCUUUGUGUUUUGACCCUAGUGGUACCCUAUUGGUCACAGCGUCAGUACAUGGGCACAAUGUAAAUAUUUUCCGAAUUAUCCCAACUCGUAUACAGAAUGGUGCUAGCCCAGGAUGUUAUAAUUGGACAUCAUCUCAUGCUCAUCUUUACAAGCUAUAUCGUGGACUAACAGCAGCUAUCAUACAGGAUAUAUCUUUUAGUCAUUACAGUCAGUGGAUUUCAGUUGUUUCAUCAAGAGGCACUAGCCACAUAUAUGUUCUAUCACCCUUUGGUGGUGAUGCUAGCCUUCAACCACAAACUAUAAAUGGUGAAGGCCCAAUUCUUACUCCUAAUAUAACGUCACCCUGGUGGUCAGCUUCAUGUUGCAUGAUCCACCAACAGUUACAUGCACCUCCAUCUCCAAUCACAUACUCUGUAAUUAGUAGAAUAAAAAAUUUUAAUGGUUGGCUAAACACUGUAAGCAAUGUUGCUACUUCUGCCGUGGGGAAGGCUUCUGCACCAUCAGGUGCCAUUGCUGCUGUGUUCCAUAAUUCUCUGAGCCGUGACUCUAUAACAGGUACAUCCAAGGCAAAGUCCUUGGAACAUAUCCUGCUGUACUCCCCAUCAGGCUAUGUCAUACAACAUGAGCUUCUUCCAUCUUCCUUAGUGGAAACCAUUGAUAGUAGCUUGAAAGCUGUACCUGCUCCUUCAUUGCAAGUUCAAGAUGAAGAAUUACGUGUAAACUCUGAGCCAGUUCAAUGGUGGGAUGUUUGUAGAAGGUCAAAUUGGCCUGAAAGGGAGGAAAAUAUUUCCAGACUUAUGUUGCAGAGUCAGCAAAUUAGUGAGAAACUCAUGGAUUCCGGAGAUUCUGAAGAUAUUGAAACAUCUUAUGCCAUGUCUACUGCCAGUGGUGCAGCUAGGGCAGAGUCAGUUAGAAGUGAAAGAUCCAACUGGUUCCUCUCAAAUGCUGAAGUGCAAAUUAACUCAGGAAAGAUUCCAAUAUGGCAGAAAUCAAAGAUUUGCUUUUGCAUAUUAACUACAUUGGGAGCUGGUGAAGUUUCUGCAACAGAUCUUACUGGUGGAGAGAUUGAGAUUGAAAAACUACAUUUUGAUGAGGUGGAAGUGAAGAGAAAGGAUUUGCUUCCUGUUUUUGAGCAUUUCUGCAGCUUCCAAUCAGAAGGAACUGACAGAGUUGGUGGUGUAUAUGGAACUUCAUCAGCAGCAGUUUCCCAAGGUAAAGAUGAGUUCAGCAAGAAUACAGCUAAUCCUAGAUUUAAUACAUCAUCUUUUGUCUCUCGGUCAGAUUUUGGGACAAGACCGACAAAUGGUUUACUUUAUUUUAAUGACACUGGUAAACCAGUUAUAUUACCCUCGAUGGAGAAGGCUAUGCCAAGUGAAUCUGGUCAUGAUUCAUCUUCAAUUAUCAGCAAUGGUUUUGCUGCAUUAUCAGAAGCUAAACCAAAUCCAGUGGCAAGUAGUUACUCCAAAGAUUACAUGCAACUGCAUGCAGACUACAGUCAAAGCUAUCCUAUCGUGAAUGAUUGUAUAAUUAACGGGGUUUCAGCAAGAUCAAAUAGUUUGUCAUGUAAUGGUAGACUGGCUGCAAAUGAUGGCGGCAAAGUACCAAAGUCGUACACCCCCAGCAGCUACACAGAUCAUGCUGAGCGUUCUGAUUCCCACAAUUCAGUUGAAAUUGCCCAAUGUUUUGACGAAGGCUAUUGUAAAGUAUCAGAGCUCGAUGACUGCCGUGAGUUAACUGAAGCUGUUGAUGCAGACAGCAACAGCAGCCACUGUGAGAGAGAAAAACUUGAGGAGGAUGGAGACGACGAAGACAUGCUGGGAGGUGUUUUUGCCUUCUGCGAAGAAGGUUAAUUACAUCACACAUUCACCUUCUAUGAUUGUGGUGUCGUCUUCAUCAUCUUUUUAGAAGUUUUAUUUUCGGACUAGGCCAAACGUACUUACACUACAAUCGUUCUCUUUCUAUUUGAUUUGAUCUGGCAAUCAAAGGUGAAACACCGUUUAUAUAAGUGAGACCAGCUGAUUGAGAAAUGCUGAAUUUAGCGCAGUGGAGAGAUUGAAGCUGAAAAUAUACACCCACCUUUCUUUCCACGAUUACUGUAUAUUAUGUUCAUUUGGAUUUUAAUUCAUAGAAUGAUUUACUGCCCUUCCCAGAGAUGAUCUCUGGUUAGGUGUUUACGUGUAUAUAGAAGUGUUUACUAUGUGCGAUUUGUAAGGGUGAUUCAUGGUGAUUUAUUGUUCUUUUGGCACCAUUGGGAUUAUAUAAUAUUUGUCUUUGCUUUUA